ACAUUAGGGCUGGGAAGGAUGUCAGGGCGGGGAGGUUCUGGGCGCCCAAAGUUUUCUAUUGAGGACGCCUUUGAGGAAGACGCUGAGGAUGUGGUGACCAUGUACGGGGCGACAACGGAGCGCUCCCCACUGAGACACGACGUGGGGAGAGGCGGGGAGAGCAGGGGAGAAGAAAUUCAACCCCACUCUCUCCUGACUGUUCCUGAUGUUGAUGCUAUCUCCAGGGACAGUGACUCUCUUAUACCCGGGGAAGGUGGUGGUGGUGGUGGUGGCGGUGGUGGUGGUGGUGGUGGUUUCUCACCGGCUUCCCAGUGGUGGUUCAGACAUCCUAAAGUGAGGGAGAAGUGGAGGGUGGUGGCUGCUGCUUUUGUCUUGCUGCUGGUCGGCCUGGUUCUCCUGAUAGUGGGGGUGACUGUGGAAGCUGUGCCACUUGAAAAUAUAAGUGGAUCUGUUUUUAUCAUUGCUGGACUCAUCUGCUUCAUCCCCGGGGCUUACCAUGUGGUCUAUGUAUUGUUAGCAGUGUGGGGCAGGCGAGGAUAUGACUUCUACAACCUUCCUCUGUUUAAUUAAGGUGUGUUUGCGGUGUUUUGCGGUGUUUUUGGGGUGUUUUCGGAAAGGAUUGUGUGUCUUUGUGGUCGGAAUGUGUGUGUUUUGGGUGUUUUUUGUGGGUUUUACGUGUGUUUGGGUGUGUUUGGGAUGUUUAAUUAAAGGGUUUGGGUGUGUGGUAAUGUUUCGAGUGUGUUUCGAGUGUGUUUUUGAGUGUUUUCUGGGGUUUUGGAAGGAAAGAGUGUGGUUUUUUUUUUGCUGUCUCUCUGUGUGUGUGUGUGUGUGUGUGUGUGUGUUCAUUCGUUUGUCUUUCUGUUCAUUCGUCCGUUCGUUCGUUCGUUCGUUCGUUCGUUCGUUCGUUCGUGUGUGCCAACCUAACAUGUAUUCACAACUUAAGCUCAAAAAAAGAAAAAAAAGUAAAAAAAUAAAGUAAUAAUAAUAAUAAUAAUAAUAAUAAUAAUAAUAAUAAUAAUAAUAAUAAUAA